GCAUCGAUGUUCUCCCACCCCUAGCACUAAACGAAAAACAAGCAACCGAUGCCGAAAGCAUAACAAUUCGAAUACUCUAAAAUCGCCAAGAUGAGCGCCUACUACCGGCGAGCGGCGCUGCGCAACAAGAGCCCCAGUCGGGGAUCUCUCGACGCGGAGAUGAACGAGUCUGGAUACACAUCCUUCCGGGCGCCUCAUAAUUCCACUGCGGAGACGCCAUUUUUGUUGGAGGACACGGAGGGCGAGAACUGUCGCAAUGCGUCGAACACCUCGACGUUGAUCCGGGGACUGUCCUCACCAGGUGGCCACCAGGAGCAGGACCUGCACUGGGGCAAGCUGUAUCCCAGGUCCCAGCCGUCGAAUCAGCGCUCCGUGGAGGAGGAGCCCUUUUCCAUGACGCCCCGUCUGCUGGAGGUACACAGUCUGCCAAAGCGGCGCAAAAAGCAUUUCCAGCCACCGCACAGCAGUCCCAAGAAGUCCAAGAAGCUGCUCUUUCCGCAGCUGGAACAACCGCCGGCCAAGAACCGAUUUUACGGCGGCGUGGAGCAGUUGGACAUCGUGGCCAAGCUGGCACAGAAACAACCUGCCCUGGAGUGCAUACUGCGCCAUGUUAGCGCCCACACGCUGGACGUGAUGACACAGGUGUCGCUGGCUUGGAGGCAGGCCGUCUAUCGCAGCCAGCGGGACUUUGAGCGCCUGCAAAACCACCGGCUCAAGCUGAGCCUGACCAAAGAGAAUCCAAACGUGCCCAAGCGGCGCAGCCAUGUGCCCAAGGCAAACCAAACAGUGCCAUUGCAGACCUCGAACCACAGCAGUCUAGCCAACAGUGCCGCCUCUCUAAUGGACUCCGGGAACUCAAGCUUCCAUCUGAUGGAGGCGGAUGCCGGAAGGGUUCUGCGCGAGCAGACGCAGCGCGUCAAGUGCCCGCGAUGCGGACGUGGUAGUCGGGUCUUCAUCAGCGAGGUGGCCAAGAGUGGCGACUCGGCGCUGUCCCAAACGCUUCCCAUUGGACGCCACAACAGCACAUUCCUCAGCGCCGGUGUGCCACCUUUGAAGCGCUUCUUGUCCCUGGACCUCGACGAGAUCAAUACCCCACCGCAAGCACCGGCUUACAACUUCGCCGAAUGCACCAGUGUCGUUUGCCAGUUCCGGUUCUGCAUUAACUGCCUCUGCAAGUCGCAUCCCGGCGAGCGCUGCCUGGUCACCGAACUGGACACGCCCUCCAAGCUAAUGAUGCCACGAGAGCGGCUCACGCCGCCGCAACGUGCCCAGAACCGCGAUCCCAAGAUAAGAAGGAAGAACUCGCUCAAGCGGCUCUGCUUUUAGUUUAAGCAUAGGCUUUUAAUUGCGUUUAGUAUUCGAUUUGUCCAAAUCUCAUUAAUUCCGUAUUAUGUUCACUGCACAAUGUUCCAUUUUGUCAUCACCAUACAUUCUCAUAAUUGUUUUUAAAUCGUACACUGUAAGGUUUUCCGGAAAUCUAUACCUCUGCGAGAUUAAGUAUUUUUAUCAUAUUCGAAAUAUAAACAUUUUUAUAAUAAGAGCUUUAA